AUUAAAAAAUUCAAACACACGAAACAUCGUGCGACACCGGAUUCUGCGUUUGACACGAAGAGGGGAGAAGGAGAAGAGGGUCGGCGAUAACAAUCAACCUCGGAUUCUCGUUGCUUGAUCCAAACAUUCAAGAAUUCCCCAAAAAUUCAAACGUUUCAAUCAUCAUCAGAUGAGGUUUCACGUUUCAAUUCCUCCGCCGCCAUCGCUAAUCCUUCUCUUCUUCUUCUUCAUCAUCAUCAGCUGCAACUCCUCCCUAUCCUCUUUGCAAUCCCAACUCGUGCCCCUCCACGCCGCAAAACCCUUCUCCGGCUCUCUUCCACCGCCGAAACCUGCUGCUGCUGCUACUGCACUCAUUGCUGGCCUUGAUGGAACUGUUUAUCUGGUCGACAGUACUUCUGGGAGAGUCAUUUGGUCUUUCUCAACUGGAUCCGAUAUCUACCAUUCUGCCAACCAACAACCCCUCAAUGACAACAUCAACAAUGCUUCUCGGUCCGGCCUCAUCGAAUGCGGAGAUGACUGGGAAUUGAUCAUUCACGACACCCACUUCGGUAAAACGAGACUCCCAGAAUCUGUUGCUGAAUAUGUUGCUUUUACACCUAUUAUGUCAGACGAUGGAGCGGUUAUACUUGGAUCCAAAAAGAGCACCGUGUUUGAAGUGGAUGCUAGAACUGGAAGGCUACUUUGGAGCUAUGGUGCUGCUGAUUUUGAUAAUGUUUCUGCUACUGCAAUGUGGAGUGCUAACUGGCAGGGUGUUAGGAAUGACCUUAGAACAAAGAAUAAUGAGCUUGCUGAUCCUGCACAGCUGAAUUCACCAGAGUUCUUGCUUAAGAUAGUGAGGACUGAAUAUUUUUUAAAAUCUAUUGAUGGGUCAGGAAUGGUUUUGUGGACUAUGGCAGUGGCCGAGUUUAAGGCUUUAUUACUUUGCCGCCAUAAGGAAAAUCCUACUGUGAAGGCUUCAUUUGAUACAAAUGAUGAGUGUGCUUCAGACAGUGACAGUGGAUUGGAUUUUGCCAUGCCAUACACAUGUCAAGAUAGAAAAAUGAAAGAGGUCUACCGCAUGCGAAAGAAUUUUUUGUUUGAACCUACUGACAUAGAAAGAUUAUCUAGUGCUUAUCAGGAGAAUGGUAUGCUCCCAAUGCCUACUUCAAAUCUGAUGCUUCCAUCACAACCUAAUGUUGAUAGAUUCCUCCCUUUUCAUGGUGGCAAUAUGAUGCUUCCUGCACCCGUGCCAAAUUCCUUACCCUAUUUGCAGCCAAAAAUCAGGUCAGGUGAUAAUAAUGAUAAUGUAGCUAUGCUCCCUCAGCCUCAUAUGGAGAUCACUCCACCAAGGGAAGUUGAUGUAAAUAAAUGGUUAAGGGCAAUAGUCUUUCCCCUAGGUAUUAUGAUCUUGGUUGUAGUGACCAUAAAACAAGUUACCUCAAAGGACCGAGUCAGUGGGUCAGAUUUUAAAAGCUUACCUUCAAAGAAAAAGAGAGCGCGAAAGUCAGGAAAAAACAAUAUCAUUGUUGACAAACAGGGUAAGCACCUGCCAUCAGUUGAGGAGGAGAUACUGACAAAUAAAGAAACUCAAAGUGAAGCAUGGUUGCAUUUUGAUAACCUUGAUAGGCGCAAGGUGGGUAAACUAUUUCUUUCGAAUAAAGAAAUUGCUAAAGGGAGUAAUGGUACAAUUGUUCUUGAGGGGACAUAUGAAGGUCGGGAAGUUGCUGUCAAGCGUCUUGUCAAGGCUCAUCAUGAUGUAGCUCGUAAAGAAAUCCAAAAUCUCAUUGCAUCUGAUUUUCAUCCAAACAUUGUCCGUUGGUAUGGGGUUGAAUAUGAUCCUGAUUUUGUUUACCUUGCUCUGGAGCGUUGUACCUGCAACUUGGAUGAUUUGAUUCAUUAUUAUUCGGAUAUAUCAGAAAACCCAGUGUUUAGCAAGGACCAUGCUUCUGAAUUUUUAAAGAAGGCCCAGAUGGAGAUAGUGACGGAUGAUAUGCAAUGUAUGUGGAAAGAAAAUAGUUAUCCAUCUCCUCUAUUACUUAAACUGAUGAGGGAUAUCGUUUCUGGGCUUGUUCAUCUGCAUGAGCUAGGAAUAAUACAUCGGGAUUUGAAACCUCAAAAUGUUUUGAUAACCAAGGAAAGAAUGUUAUGUGCCAAGCUUUCUGAUAUGGGGAUUAGCAAACGGCUUCUUGAAGAUAUGUCUUCUUUGGGUCAUAGUACUACUGGAUGUGGCAGUUCAGGUUGGCAAGCACCAGAGCAACUUAUUCAAGGACGCCAAACUCGGGCUGUAGAUUUAUUUAGUUUAGGUUGUGUCCUUUUUUUCUGUAUGACCGCAGGUAGACACCCAUUUGGAGAACGUCUUGAGCGUGAUGUCAAUAUUGUGAAAAAUAAAAAAGAUCUUUUCUUAGUGGAGUUCAUGCCUGAAGCUGAAGAUCUUAUUUCUUGUUUAUUAAACCCCGACCCUGAUCUAAGGCCAAAAGCAAUUGAAGUACUGCACCAUCCUCUAUUUUGGAGUUCUGAGAUGAGACUUUCAUUUCUUCGUGAGGCCAGUGACAGGGUGGAACUCGAAGAUAGAGACGCCACCUCUGAUCUUUUGAAUGCCUUAGAAAGCACUGCUCCAGUGGCUUUAGGUGCAAAAUGGGAUGAAAAGAUGGAACCAGCUUUCAUUACAAACAUUGGUCGUUACAGGCGAUAUAAAUUUGACAGUGUUCGAGACUUGUUGAGGGUCCUGAGAAACAAACUUAAUCAUUAUAGAGAACUGCCUCAAGAAAUACAGGAGCUGCUUGGACCUGUUCCAGAAGGAUUUAAUGACUACUUUGCAAGUCGAUUCCCGAGGCUCUUGAUUGAAGUGUACAAGGUUAUCUGCCAAUAUUGCAAAGAUGAUGAAUGUUUUCAAAGAUAUUUUAGAGGCGAUUAGUGCCUUAGCGUUGUUUGGAUGGCUUGAGAAUUUACCUAAAGGUAAAGAACAGUUGUUUGCAGCAUGGAUUUAUAACCUCACCUGGCAGAUUUUUCAAGACAUGUAACACAUAUGCGAACAAUUGUCACGGAUUAAUCUAACACAAGGUUUCAAUGGAAGACCAUCUGUAUAGCCCCUUGUGGUGUGAGGAUUCAACUCAAUGUAUAUUAGUAUAUUUUACAAGGCUAGGAUCUAGGAACUUACUUGACUUUAACCACUUAGUCACAAAAAAUUGAAAAUUCAGUAUAUCGAAUUUCUCAUAAUUUCCAAGGUCAUAUAGUGCCCGUUGCUGUUACACAAGGAGAUAAAAUUGUGACAUUACAAAGGUGAAUGAAUUUUCAUUUAUACUGAUUUA